GGCUGAUGUCAUUUCAAAACUUAACUCAGACUCCCAAGUCAACGCGGCUACUUGCUCACCUCCUAUUCUCCCGUAAAGUCUUCUCACGUCUGGCGGAGCACUUUUUUUUUUUUUUAAAAACCCCAGGAGGUGAAAUAAACUAAAGAAAACACAAACUUCUCCACCAGAGACGAAGCAGAAAGGAUUUACACCAGAAACCCCGGGACCAGAGCCCCUCUUUCUGCGGGCAAAGGCGGCUCAACUUUUUUUUUUUUUUUUUUUUUUUUUUUUUUUUUUAAACUGCAACCACAAAAUAAAAAAAAAAUGAAUCGGAGCUUUAAUAAGUCGCAACCUCUGCGAGCUGCGGAUUGUAACGCCGUGGAAGUGAAAAGCAAGUAUGGGGCAGAAUUUCGCCGGUUCUCGGUGGACCGGGUCAAGCCCGGCAAGUUUGAGGAGUUUUACAAGCUCAUCCUGCACAUUCACCGCAUCGCCAAUAUGGAGGUGAUGAUCGGCUAUGCUGAUAUCCAUGGUGAUUUGCUGCCGAUCAACAACGACGACAACUUCUGCAAGGCGGUGUCAACAGCUCAUCCACUGCUCAGGAUCUUCAUACAGAGACAAGAAGAGGUUGACUAUGCUAACUUUGGCACCAACACAAUAACUCGCAGGAAGAAGGCGGUGGUCGCGCUGCGCAAUAAUGACGUCAACCGCAAGAGGCCACACAUCCGCAUCGGCAUGCCCCAGGACUUCCGGCCUGUCUCCUCCAUCAUUGAUGUGGACAUCCUACCUGAAUCUCACCGCCGUGUCCGACUGUAUCGUCACGGCUCGGACAAACCCCUGGGCUUUUACAUCCGAGAUGGAACCAGCGUGCGGGUGACACCACACGGGCUCGAGAAAGUUCCCGGCAUCUUCAUAUCUCGGCUGGUGCCUGGAGGGUUAGCGGAGAGCACCGGGCUGCUGGCGGUUAAUGAUGAGGUGCUGGAGGUGAACGGCAUUGAAGUGACUGGAAAGUCCUUAGAUCAGGUAACAGAUAUGAUGAUCGCCAACAGCCACAACCUGAUUGUGACAGUCAAGCCAGUGAACCAGCGCAAUAAUGUGGUCCGCAGCAGCAGGAUCUCGGGGAGCUCAGGCCAGUCGUCUGACAGCAGCGGGUCAACUGGUUACCCAACUUUGUCGGUGGCCUCAGUGGGGGUGACAUCCUCUGGAGCACACGGGUACCAAGACGACCUGGAGAGUGACGAAGAGACAGAUAUUGUCAUUGAGAGCAGCCUCAAGCGGCCGUCUCAGAGGUCCAAUGCUUCCCUAGCGUCCAGUGUGUCUCGCACACAGCUGCAGAUACCAACAACGGCUUCAGGCCCAGCAGCACCCCCAAGCCCACCCACACGUCCUUUAUCGGUGGUCUCCACUGCCUCUUUCCACUCCCAGCCGAGCCUCAACGGAGGGUCCCAUCAUCACCACCACCACCACCACCAACACAGCAGCCUCAGCUACCAGCUCCACAGAGACCUGAACCUUCAGCACAACCCACACCAACAGUCCCAGCACCGCCAUCCCCACGUACAGCCUCCACAUCACAGCAGCAACCCAGCCCUCCGCCACAGCAACGGCAGCCUGCACAAAAUCCUCAGCUCCAUGAAAACAGACCCACGACACAGUCUUGCACUGCCCAGGGGAGGGGUGGAAGAGGAUGGCACCGUCAUUACCCUAUAAUAAUUAUACACAAACACACACACACACACACACACACACACACACACACACACACACACACACACACAAACAUCCCAACUGCUCAGAGACUAAAACUGGAACACUAGGCCGGAUAAAUAUGAGCAUGAGUGUGUUUUGUCAGAUACUAAUUUUGUAACUUCUGUUUGUUUUUACAAGAUAAUUGAUAAUGGGAAGUUACAAGCCAGGAAACAAGGAACAUGUAUAUAUUUCCUGUAUUUUUAAAAUUGUCUUUGUCUUACGUCAAAAGAUUUGUACGUUUGUAUGAAAUAAGCAUCAGAACAAAUAACUGUUUUUAGGCAACUCCACUGUAUCCUAGAGUUCUGAAUGUGCCUACAGCCUAAUAUCUUUUUUGACUUUUGUGACCACUUUUAUUAAGAUCAUUUUUGUUCUUAUUACUGGGACCAACUUGGGGUUGCUUAUGGAUGUUUUUAAAGAGUAAAUCUAUAUUUCUUAUAUUCUGAUAAAUGCUGUGUAGAGUAUGAUUUUUUUUUAAAUAGUUAUUUUAUGCAUUGAUGAUUGUGAUCAAAUCCUUGUAUCUGUUCCAAUAAAUUAUUCUAAGUUUCA